AUGAGCUCUCUGGUUUAUCCCAGCCUGGGCAUGAAGGACCGCAAAGCAGUGACCAUCCUGCACUACCCUGGGGUGGGCAUGAAUGUCAGCAAGGCCAGCACAGGACCCCACAUCACCAGUGCGGGCAUGAUGGCCCCCUCUGCGACCCCCCUGCCCUCAAAGCAGCCCUCCUUCACCCUGCCAACAGCCCCUCACCUGCUGGCCAGCAUGCAGCUGCAGAAACUCAACAGCCAGUACCAUGCCAUGGGGGUCUCUGGGCACCCAGCGGAGGCUGGGUCCAUCCAGAGCUGGGGCUUUGGAGCCCAGCCCCUGGGCCAAGGGGCACUGGCUCCCCCUGCCAGCACCCACAGCCCUAGCAUUAUUGAUUCCGAUCCAGUGGAUGAGGAGGUGCUGAUGUCACUGGUGGUGGAACUGGGCCUGGAUAGAGCUAACGAGCUGCCAGAGCUGUGGCUGGGCCAGAACGAGUUUGACUUUGCUGCAGAUUUCCCUUCCAGUCGCUGAUGCCAGACUGACCUUGACCACAGGCAACCCUGGCAGAGGACUUGAACUGGACAGCUGUCAAGGGCAGGCUAGCAUGAUGGACCUGCCCCUCCAGCCAACUGAGAGGCCUCUGGUCCUGGUUCCUACUGCAGCGGAGUCCCCCUCUGCAAGGCUGCACCCGUGCCAUUCAGGACAGUUCGGUGAAGCUGGAGAAACUACAGCACAGCUGGUGCUCCGUGGGGUGUUUUUUGGGCUGCGUGACCUAGUGCCUGGUGGGGUUGCACCUUGCUGUGGAGGGCUAGCAUCUCCUGCUGGAGGUGGGAUUUAGCCCCCAGGGCACCAUUCCCCAAACUGGUGCUGGAGAAGGAGGCGGACUGGCAGGUGAAUGUGGCAGGGCAGAAGCUGAAGACACAGGAAUGUCGGCUCAAGCAAAACAUACACCCCUGCUGUGGCCUGGGAAAGGGCUGCCCCCAAAGGGGUCCCUCACAGCUCCCAGGGACCAGAGCUGUCUGCCAUCCCUGCAGGGGGCCAGUGACUCACAGGGGAGACAGCUGGGGGCUAAGCACAGUACCUGGGGUGCUGGGACUGGGGGGAGACAAGGUCUGUUUUUGCAACAGCAUGGGGCUGCUCCUGUGUGGCUUUUCAAUAAAACCGGUGGAAGGAAUCAGCCUGCUGGGGCCUGGCUCCUAUCACCCCUUGUGCUGAUUUACA